CCUUUCUGCCUACUUGUUCUCUCUCGCUGUGUCAAAUAAACAAAUAAAAUCUUUAAAAAAAAAUCUGAUGUCCACCAGUUUACUAAACAAUAUUUUCAUAAAUUUGAAUUGGGAUAAAGUUAGAAUGGGUACAUAAGAAUGGAGUAAAAUUUUAAGUUAACUUGUGUUUUUUAUUAUAAAAAUAAAAUGUGCUUAUUGUAUACAAUUUGGGAAAUAUCUCAAUAUUACCUGCGGCCUCAUCACCUGGAUAUGACCCUGUAACAUUUUGGGGUGUUUCUCUCCAUUAUUUUACACAUCUGUGGCAUGUUGUGUGUGUAUGUACGCACAUAAAUAUACAGCUCUCCACACACACUACAAAUGGGGAUGAAAACUGAUUUUUAAUAGCAGGCUAAUAUCCACUAUAAGAAAAAGACCGUCAUUGAACCGACAUCUUACUAUUUCUAGUUUUUCUUUAUUUCUUUUUAAAUUUUCUUUGCCUUUUAUGUUGUUUUUUUCUGUUAUAGAUACUUGUGUUCAGUGGAACACCCUUUAUGGAAAUUUUGUAUGUAUUCAUAAUUAUUCCUUAGGGGAAAAUUCUAAAACUAGAAUUGCUAGGUCAAAGUAUGAAAAAACUUUAAGGGUUUUGAUACAUUUCCUUACAUUGCCCACCCCUGGAUGAGACUUCAGCUGGAUGCUGGUUUCCUCUGAUCAACACAGUUUUCUCUCCGGUGUCUGGGACAACCUGUUGGGCGGAAAAAGGCAUCGCGCUGAGUUUGGGUUCGCGGCUCCCGGAUUAGCUGGGAGGAGCCGGCGCGUGGGUCCCGUUUCUAACCGGCGUGUCUUUGUCUUUCUCCCUGGGGACCGCUGCCGCCCGUGCGGGCCGAAGCCUCGGGAAGCCGUCGUCCCGCAGCGCCGCCGCCCUGCGCCCGGCAGCCCCGGGGAGCCGCUGCCCGCCCACGGGCGCCGUCACCACGCGCCAGGCCGCCGCCAGCUGCCGCGCCAAGCUCCGCGGCGGCGCCGCCCGGGAGCGCCAGCACGCCGUCCGCGGCCUCGGGAAGCCCGCGCCGCCGUGAGCGCCGCCGCCCGGCCACCGGCGGGACUACGCCAGCGCUCCGCACCGCCCGAGUACCUCAGGCGCCCCGCCGCGGCCCGUCUUCUUCCCCGCCCGCCCGCCCUCCAGACCCUCCCGGGCUCUGGGAAGUCCAUUCUGACCGCAGCGAACUCCCCGGGCGCCCGGCUGUUCGCACACCUCCCUUUCCCCCCUCGCUGUCCUCGAACCUCGUUCACCCCAGAAUCUUGCCCACGCAGCCCCUCGGGAGGACCGUGUGCCUUAGGGCCGGCGGGGCGGGAGGACGGCCUCCUUGCUAGUCGUUGCUGCUCUGGGAGCAUUACUUCCUCAUCCUGCCUGCCCAAACCCUGGCUUUUUUGAGAAUCUUGCCACUGGACAGUAGCAUCCUCUUUCCCUCUUUGUAAUUUAUCAACUUCCUAGGCAGUUUGUUUCAUUAGUUCUUCAAAGACUAGCUACCGCUUUAGUCUUCUUCACCGCAAAUCCUUAUCAGCAAGCUAGUUACCCACCCACCCCCCAUCCCCCCGUCUGCCAGAAGAUUGUUUUAAUUAGUGUACAAAUCCCCAGUGACUACGGGCUCAUCAACACAAUCUGGAGUGUGUAAUGCAUAACUGUGGUUGAACUUGAACUCCAACAUCCAGUGUCCUCUUUGUAACUUCAUCUCCAAUGACCAUUUCUUCCCUUCGGAAUCGGUCCUUGCCCCCAUGGUUCUAGAUUGCCAUCCCAGGGGAUCCGCUCCGUUUUGCACUGAAGCCAUGCUUCUCCUGGGCCACUCCCAGCCCCUAACUGAGCACAGUGUGGGUAUUAGUGAUGGCCCGUUCACGUGACAGGCCGGACUCCUCUAAGGAGCGACUAUGUCAUGGGGACUGCUCAGCAGCCUGGCUGAAACUUUAUUAGAACUGUGCUGCAUGCAGUCUACGGCUCUUCUUGCUCAACCCCCUUGUCCUUUUGUAGUGUCAGACUUGCAUUAUGGUGUGAAGGCCUACCCCUCCCCCCGCUCCUGUUUCCUUCACAGAUGUUCCCUAAAUAAAACUCUUGCUAGUUGAACCCUGCCUUGGUGUCUGCUUCUAGAAGGACCAGAGAUAACACCUUAUCAGACAUUCCACUCCAGUCACCAUCUUCCUAUCCUUCUGGAUCCCUCAUUUACUGACAGCGAAUUCAUUAACCUCCUUUUCCCCACUAUCAGCCCAUUUUGGAUUCACUUCCUUCCUUGUCUAGCCUAGAUGCCACGGUCCAUCAUUGUAAUCAUCCUCCUUGAAAUACAGUGCUCUCAGCAGUCUUGAACCUCAAUUUCUUCCAAUUUACUUGCCUGGUAAAAUCCCAAGUCUGGAUCAACUUUACUAUCUGCCUUCCAUGGGCUUGAUUGGGACGACUGAACAUUUUCCUCAAGAAAAUCACACAGUGCAGUCAAUUAGUUUCACUUCUAACUUGUUAUUUCCAACCUCAAAUUGGUGCUAUUGUUCCUAGGGAGUCUCAGAUUCCCACUAAAACUGAUAAAACUUUUCAUUUCUCCUCACAUUUUUCUGAUCCCCUUCUGCCUGUUUACUUUAAAUUUCCCUCAGAAAAUAGAAGAUACUACAUAAAAACUUCAUCUUCCCACCAUCAGACUCUCCCCCCACCCCCAUCUCCGUCCCCUCACCCCCAACCCAGCUACCUUGGUAACCCUCUCCUUCCUUUUGGUGACUAUGGAGGAAGUUUCAAAGGCCAGCCCCUCUUGUGCUCUGGGUCCCAUUUCCUGUCGCCUUUCUGGGGACAUUUUUCUCCUUAGAUUUUCCCCUUUCUCUCGUCUGCAUCAUCAAUCUCUGUUGUGAGUGGAUCAUUCUCAUCAGCCUGCGGACAUGUUCCAGUGUCCCCGCAUCUAAGCCACAUCUUUCCCAUCUGUUAGCCAUUUCUCAGCUCUCCUUCAUAACUCAACUUCUCUUUGGAGUUAUAGAUUGUCUUCAUUUUCUAAUCUUCCAAUUACUUUUCAGUCAACAAUGUGACUCCCCUGCCACCACCAGCAUUGCAAGUGUCCUUGUUAAGGUCACCAGUCACUUCCAUAUUACCCUAUCCAAGAGGAUACUUUUCUGUUCUCACCUUGACCACUCUCUGCUUCUUUAAAUGUUCUUUCUUCAUAUCCAAGACACUGUUCUCUCCUGGUCUUCCUCCUCCUUCACUGAUCAGUGUUAGACUCCUCCUGCCUACCUUUGAGAAGUUGAGAUUUCUCACCUCCACUCAGGUCCCCCCUCUUUUUUUUUCUAUGUACUUCCCCAUGACAGUCUUAUCAGUUUCCAUGGAUUUAAGUACCAUCUUUAUGCUAAAGGGUUUCAAAUUUGUUUCCUUCCUUGACCUUUGAGUUCUAGACCCACAUAUCUAAUUGCUUGCUUAAUAUCCUCAUUUGGAUGAGUCAGAUCUUUCAAACUUAACAUGUCCCAAAUCUAAUUCCUCAUUCUUAUCCCAAACCUGUUUCCCCCUUCUCUAUUACAAUAAAUAGUACCACCAUCCUAUCAGUUGUUCAAGCUAGAAACCUAAGAGUCAUCCUUGAUUCUUUUGAUGACCUCUUUUUUUUUACAUCAAAUAGGCCAGCAUAAUCUAUUAGUUUUAUCUCCAAAAUAUACCUUUAAUCCAUCUGCUUCUUUCCAUUUCCAACACGAUUACUUAAUCCUGAUGAAUAUUUUUUCUCACUUGAUUACUGUGACAGCCAGUCCUACCUAGUCUCUCUGCUUCUACUCUUGACCCAUGACCCACUUCUGUACAUUCUUGAUACAGUGGCAACAAUGACUAUAAAUGGAAUUGAGUAAAUUGUUGCUCAUAGAAUAAAAUGUAACCCCCCCACCUGGCUUACACAGUCCUGUACAAACUGAUGCUUAUUGUUCUCUCCAUCCCCAUCCAAGCUCCCCUCUUUAUUGCUCACUAUGAUGCAGCCACACUGGUUCCUCCAACAAGCCGAGAUCUUUUCGGUACCUCAGGGGCUUAGUAAAUGUUAUCUCUGCUUUAUCUGCUCUCCUUGGCUAUCCUUUAUAUAAGGCUUAAUAAAUACAUCUUGAGAAAGGCCUGCCCAAGAGCAUUGAUUGAAAGUAGUCCUCACCACUCUUCUCCCAUUUGCUAUCUCGGUUCUUUGUUUUCUUCAUUACUCAAUCCUUUAUCUCAAUUUGUAACUUUAUUUAUUUGUUUAUUUACUUUUUAUAUGUGUGUCUGUUUCUCAUACUGGAAUGAAUGAGGGAAGAGACUGUGUCUGGAUGUCUAGAUUCUUUAACAUUGUAUUUCUAGCCCCUAGCACAAUACUUGGCACAUAUUAGAUGCACAAUAAAUACCUGUUGAAGGAAUGAAUAAACACAUUUGCUAAUUUUCUGUUGGGAGUUCACUUUUUAUUGAUUUAUAAGAGCUCUUUAUAUAUUAAAACCAUCAACCAUUUGUUCUAUAUGCUGCAGACAUUUUGCCCCUGGUCAUAUAUGUACAAAUUUAAUUCAUGAUGUCUUUGAUAUAUAGAAAUAUUACAUUUUCCAUUUAGAUAAAUCUCUUCCAUGAUUUCUGCUUUGGGUAAUAUGUUUAGAAAAGUCUUCUCCAUCUCAAUGUUAUAUAAAUAUUUGUUUGUGUUUUCUUUUCUUUUAAUUUUUAAGAUUUAAAUCUUUACUCCAAAUGGAAUUUAUUUUUGAUAUAGAUGUGAUUAAGGCUCUAAAUAUUUAUUUAGUUGUUGCAUCAUCAUUUAUUGAAAACUCCCUCUUCCACUGUUUUAAACCAUAUUACCAAAUAUUAAAUUUUUACAUAUACUUGGAGUGCUUUCUGGAUUUAUUGUCUGUUGGUUGGUUGGUAUCCAUCUCUAUUCCUGAACCAUGCUGUUUUAAUUACUGUCAUUUUAUAAUUUGCCUUAUUAUGUGGUUAACUUUUUAAUGGGGCAAACGUUACUCUGGGGCAAACAUUAUUCUUUUUUUUCAAAAUAUUUUCAUCUGUAUUUGUGCAUUUAUUCUUUCAGAUAAACUUUAGUUAUAUCUCAGUCAAACUGCAAAAGGAAUUCUAUUGGCAUUUUAUUUAGAAUUGCUUCAAUGUUAUAAGUUAAUUAGAGGAGAAUUGCCAUCUUUGUAAUAUUAAUUUUCCCAUUCAGGAACUUGUCACAUGUCAAGGUUGUUGAAGGCUUCCUGUAUAUUCCUCAGUAAAUUUGUGGGUCCUGUGUAUUUCUUGUUAAUCAUAUUAUUAGAUAUUGCCAUAUCUUUGUUGGGAUCAUUUUCUCAUUAUAUUUUAUAACUGGUUGCUCCUUGUAGGCUCAAGCUAUUGAUUUUUGGUAACUUUCUGAACUCCUCCAUUAAUCCUCCUAGUUGAUUCUCUUCUUCUAAGUAGACAAUCAUUUGAAGUGUAAUUAAUGAUAAUUUUCUCUUUUCCUUUACAAUAUUUAUACCUCAUAUAUUAAAUAAGUGAUGGUAUUAAUUUUGCUCUUAUUCCUGACUUUUGAGGAAUGUCAUUUAUAUUUCAUCAGCUUUUAAUGUUAGCUGUUGGACCGAAAUAGAGGUCUCUAUCUGGUUAAGGAAGUGGUUUCCUGGUUCACAUAUAUUAAGCAUUUUAUUGGAAGUUGUUGAAGUAUAUUAAACAUAUCUGGGAAACUAGAGAUGAUUUUAUGGUUUUACUUCCUUGACCUAUUAUUACAACAGAUCAUAUUAAUAGAUUUCUCAAUGUUAGAUUAUUUCUGCAUGAGAUACAUCCUAUUUCAUUAUGGUGGGUCUCUUCCUCUUUCAGUAUAAUAUAAUAAUGUUGAAUUCAGCUCCUUACAUUUUAUGUAGGAUAAUUACAUUUAUAUUCAUGAAUAAGAUUGGAUGGUAGUUUUACAUUUUUUAAUUCUAUUUUUAUCAGCUUCAAAAAAUCAUGUUCUAUGUUCUAGAUUAGUAGAGUAUAGGAAUAGCUUUUUUGAGGAUUUGGAGGAACUCACUCAUAGCACUGUUUAGGCUCCAAGCUUUUUUUCAGGGUAGGUGAGUGGGGGAUUAGUUUCUGAAAACAUUAAAGUUUUCUUCCAUGACUUUGGCCUAGACAGGUUAACUACUAUUUCUUGGGUAUCAAUUUAAAAGAUAAUAUUUUAAAAGAAAAUCAUGCAUUUUCAUAGAAUUUAAAAAUGUAUUAGCAGAAUUUUACAUAUAAUUAUCUUAUAAUUAAGAAUAUUU